GCUGGACAAAACCCUUCAAGAUAUCGUGUACAAAUUAGUGCCUGGACUUUUCCAUUCGGAAAUGCGGAGGCGACAGGAGUUCUACAAGAAACAUCCUGUCCACGAUCUGCACCUUCAUCCAGAGGCUAGAGGUGUCGCCAUAGAUAGACUGAUCUACUCCCCCGAUGACAGUAUCAGUUUAUCGUUGGAAUAUUACGACAU